GGCCUACUUGGUGAAGCUCUCUCACUUUCUCUCUGUGAAGAUGAAGAUGAUGUUCCAGUGUUUGAUUUCUGUGUCGAUGGUGAUCGUCUUGGUCUCCUCUGUGCCCCUCAAUGAGUCCUGGUGGAAUGAUACUCGCUACAGUUUAGAGGAUACAGAAGUAAUUCAACGUUUAUAUUUACCAGACCAAAUACGUGACUCUAUGGUGUUUCGCCUGCCCACUUUAGCGAUUUCAGAUCUCGUCAACGCCCUACAUCACGGCGGCAAUGAAAUCGCCGGCGGGAUAACUUCAGAUCCAUACGGCAUGGGCAGAAAAUGAAAGGAAGUAGCUGAUGGAGUUCUGUGACAUGUUGAUGCUUAUUAAACGUCACGAUGAGUAAUGUUUGAAUCUAACCUGCUCCAGGUGUUGCACAUGUGACCAAUGUGUUUAACUCAAGCUGAAUAAACCUCACGUGACACCUCCAUGAAACUAUGAUUAUGUUUUUACAGAAAUCUGAUCUUUAUUCCAACUCUUGUGCAUGGUUUAACCUCCAAGCUGUAAAACAGAAUAAAACACACAAGCACAAGAGCGGCAAUCUCAGCUCAAAGGGUCUAAAUAGUUGCUGGUAUUUUGUAAACCUGUACAUAAUGUUAGUUGACUUGAAUAAAUGGAACUUAAGUUAUAAAAUAUAGACUAAUUGAGUUAAAUUAAGUGAUGAAUCACAAAUAAAAACGAACUAACCUACUUACUAGCUGACUUGUGUCCAUUUCCGGUGGACCCGUUCAUUUUAGUUUCUUCUUUUUGUCUAAAGAAUCUCGGUGGCUACACUUCUGGCAACCCUGCCGUCGAUCAGAAACGCCACACAGUAAAUGUUCGGUUUCAAAUCCAUAAUAAUGUGGCCUAAGACUUUGAAUUUGUAUUUUCGAUGGCGCGUAUGUUUUAUUGUGAAAGUCGUGGUCAGUGAGUCAGGAAGUACGUGAGGCACCUCACUACUGAUCAGAGUUUUUCCAAAUUUUCGUUUCGACUUGAAGUCUGGCUGUCAAAGGUUGCUGUGUUUGCGAGUUAAUUUGUUUGGUUGUUCGUUGUUUUUUUUGACGGUUUUGUGACGCCAAAGGAAGAGAAAGUCUACGUCCGCCAAGAACCAGAUCAUGAGUGUGCAACCUCGCCGCAUUCGUCUCAAGCCGUGGUUGGUGGCGCAGGUGAACAGCUGCAGGUACCCAGGUCUGCAGUGGAUCGGUCCAGAUCACAGACUCUUCCAGAUCCCAUGGAAACAUGCUACGCGGCACAUGCCGACCUCAGAUGAAGAGAACACCAUAUUCAAGGCCUGGGCCCUGGAAACUGGUAAAUACCAAGAAGGUGUGGAUGAACCCGACCCUGCUAAGUGGAAAGCGAACCUCCGUUGCGCCCUGAACAAGAGCCGUGAAUUCCAGCUUAAAUAUGACGGAACGAAAGAGACGCCAGUACAGCCAUUCAAGAUCUAUGAGGUCUGUGAGGAGCCAGGGGGCGCAGAUGGUGUCGAAGACGACAACGAUGAUGAGAUGCCACAGCUCAUGGACCUCAGCAUCAACCCCAGGAUCAUUGACUCGGCCCCCUUCAGUUCCUUCCCGCCUCACUCAAACGUAAACCCUUUUGGCUGUCUUCCGACACCACCGUUGCUCCUUCCUGUGCCGUCUAACCUUCACAAUCAGGCCUUGAAUGGACCGACUAAUGGACUUCACCUGGACUCUCUACUGCCCUCUACUGAACCAGACCCGAUGGAGGCCAGCAGCAUGGGUGAAAUGGGGAACCUGGAAGAUCCUCAGACGUACGACCUGUUGAACAGCAUUCCUUUAACAGACCUAGAUUUGAAGUUCCAGUACCGAGGCAAAAUCAUGAAGUCCCUCACAGUGAGUAACCUUCAGGGCUGCCGGCUUUACUACGGACACCUGGAGCCAACACCAGAUCAGGUGGACUUGUUUGGACCGGUUAACUUGCAACAGGUCCAGUUUCCAGGAACGUCUGAGAUCCAGAGCGAGAAGCAGAAGCACUACACCAACGCCCUGCUGGACGUGAUGGACCGGGGCCUGAUCCUGGAGAUGUGGGAACAGGACAUCUACGCCAUUCGCCUGUGCCAGUGUAAGGUGUUCUGGUCUGGACCAGGCAUGUCUGAACAGGGUCCUCCAAACUCCAUGGAGCGAGAGAAGAAGAUCAAAGUUUUUAGCCUCAACGACUUCCUGCGAGGUCUGAUCCUGUUCCAGAAAGGCGAAGCUCCAAGUCCGCCACCAUUUGAGAUCUACUUCUGCUUUGGAGAAGACUGGCCUGAUAAAAAACCCAAAGAAAAGAAACUCAUCAUCGUCCAGGUGGUUCCUGUGGUUGCUAAGAUUCUGACUGAGAUGUUCUCUGGAGAACUCAGCUGGUCCACAGACAGCAUCCGAUUACAGAUCUCCAACCCGGACGUCAAAGACCAUACGGUGGCCCAGUUCAAAGAGCUGCAGAAGCUCCUGCAGAGCCAGAACAUACAGGGUCCAUGGGCCCCAAACCUGUCCUGAUGUGAACGUCCCACUCUGUCCCAUUCUACCAAUCAGGAAUAACUUGUACUUAAACACACAAACACAAGUUCACACGGCACAAUGAGAAUCUUGGAUCAGUAUAGAGAUCUGUGACUUGGUGUCACUGGAUUGUCCACGGACCCUGAAACUUCUAAGUGUCUUGACAGACUUAUCUAAAGAUCACAGAACCCUGGACGAAGCGAGACUUGACCAUCCAGGAACAGACUAUACGUCCUCACAGCAGAUGUUCCUGGACCCCUCCAUGGUUCUAAACCUAACUGGAUCUUUUCUGUAUAUACAGGGACCCCAACUCUUAAUGGAUCCCAAUCUGCACUUCUUUCACUUUUUUUUUUCCUUUUUACUCACGCACACAUUUCCACUCCAAGAGGACAUUAUAACUGUUGGGCAAAACCAGGGUCUCUAAACUUCAGAACGUGAAUCGUGUCUCUAUGCGGUCAUAUUUUUUUUUUUUUACAUUUGUAUAAAUCUCUGAACUUGUCCUUUAAUAAAUAUAAGGUUGUGGUGACCAUA